AUGAUAUUAACUUCGGUGCAUAUUAUGAUGGUGAUGAUCGGUAUCUUGUUAUCCGCAAAUGUUAAUGCGUGGUGGCUUACUUUUCACUGUAAUUCCGACUGUACAGGGAACAUCGGAUUUAGAGCCGAAGGGAACACGACCUUGGAUUGUAAACACAUAACUAGCAGUUGUUCUCAACAUUCAGUUAAGGUGGAAGCAUUAUAUGACGGUGUUGGAGGUGAACAGUACGCAUACUUUUAUGAUGCCCUUAACUGUCCGAAUCCGGCUGAUAUCACAGUUGAUGGUGGAGAGGAUAGAUGUGUCAACGUUAAUCGUCAUCAAUACAGUAUGAAGAUUGUACAAAUCGCCUUUGGAAAGAGAGAUAGUAUAGUAGGCGAAUUACAUGGUAAUGUUACUAGUGAAUUCUUGGCGGGUCGCAAUGAAACUCUCGCUCAAUUUAGGGAUUUCAUAGGAAGCAACAAUGUUACAGAAGUACCAGAGAUCGUUGACUCUAAUGACAGUCAAACAGUCAGGUUGACAACAUUGGGUAUCUGA